AUGGCGGCUCCCGUGGCUCUGGCAGGUGAUCAAGUUCGCUCACUUUUAGCCAAAUGGGAUGAUGCCGACGAGCCUCUGGCUCCUAUUUCCGAUAUCCAGAAUGGAAUUCUGGAACGAUUCGAGGCCCUUCCGGGAAUCUCGACCGAAGAUAGGAGCGAAACCAAGGACGGUGAUAAGGAGGAGCCGGUGUCUCUACAGAUCAAGUACGGAACAGCCAAAGAGUUCAUAUCUCAGUUCGAGAGAAUCGUCGAGCCUGAGAUGCAGCGCGAGAUGGACAGACGAUUCCUCUCCGCCCUUGAUGUCUUCCGGAAAUAUAGAGCCGACUGCGGGGCUUUUCAAACGGAGAUCGAUCGCGCUCUCCAUCAGCUAGAAUUGCUUCAGACGGACUACAAGUUCGUGACGGAUAAGACAGGAGCUUUGCACUCAGCAUGCGAGGCUCUCUUAUCGGAGCAAUCCAAGUUGGUCGGAGUGUCCGAGGCGAUCAAUGCGAAACUCUGUCAUUUCUCCGAACUCGAUGCCCUGACCCGAAAACUUCACGCGCCAUCGCUCACAGUUCUCAACGACGGGUUCAUCCCGCUCCUGACGCGGAUCGACGAGUGCCUGAACUUCUUGGAAAGUCACCCGAACUACAAGGAAUCGACCAACUACGCAAUCCGCUAUAGACACCUGCAAUCGACCGCUCUGGGGAUGAUCAAGUCCUACGUGUCGUCGACGCUCGAACAGAGCGCUCGACAGGUCCAGGCAGUCUCGCAACGAAGUGCUCAAGCCGACCCUGAUCUUGACACAUUCACGCUGCUCUACGUCAAGUUCAAGAGUCACGCUCCGAGAAUCAAGAGCCUUACCGCUCAAAUCGAAGAAAGAAUGGCUCCCUCGAACCUAUACAGCGAUAUUCUAGAAGAAGUACAGAACACUUAUUUCGCGCAGAGAAACAUGUUACUGUCCUCGAGUCUCAACCAGGCAAUCCAGGAUCUGAGGGAUAAGCAUCCAAAAGAUCAUUGCUCGUUCCUCAGACAGGGAUCUGCCUUGCUGGCACGAUUGUGUCACGACGAGACACAGCUGUACUUCCAAUUCUUCUCGAAGCCAAGCAUUUUCCUCGACGACUUUCUGUCGUCGCUCUGCGUGAAACUCUACGAUGCUUUCCGGCCCGUCGUCGUCCAUGUCAUCCACCUCGAGACCUUAUCGGAGUUGUGCUCCAUACUCAAGCAAGAGGAGUCUGCGACGGACGUCCGUGCCUUCAAGGAGUGUCUUCACGGAAUGCUGCAGGACGUUCAAGAACGUCUCGUCUACAGGACCUUGGUGUACAUACGGAGCGACAUACUGGGGUACAACGCUGCCCCUGGGGAUUUGGCAUAUCCGGAGAAAUUGGAAAUGAUGCAGAACAUCGCAGAAACCUUGGCCGGCGCCGCCCCCCUUAGCCGGAGUUCGUCAAGAGGUUCUAUCGCGUCUGAGAGCGCGGUGUCGGUGGAGAGUAGGCGACGGCAUUCGUCCACGUCGGGGGCAGCUUCAGCAUCUCCCGCCGAUAUACACGGAAUGUGGUAUCCGACGGUGAGACGGACGCUGCUGUGUUUGUCAAAACUGUACAGAUGUCUCGACAAAUCCAUUUUCCAAGGCUUGUCGCAAGAAGUUCUCGCGAUGUGUAUCGAAUCGUUGGUGCUCGCCGCGGAUGCGAUUUCAAAGCGGAACAAAGUCCCGCUCCACGGUCGUCUCUUCGAGAUAAAACACCUCCUGAUUCUGCGCGAACAAAUCGCACCUUUCCAAAUCGAUUUCGCCAUCAAGGAAACCUCGCUGGACUUCACCCGAAUUCGCGAUGCAGCCCUGAGUCUCAUGAACAACACGAAUCGGCUCUUCUCAUUGGGCAGUAACAACGCUCUGCUCGAAUUCCUCUUCGAAGGCACUCCCCAGGUCAAGGAGAGCCUCAUCGACUCGAAAAAAGCGGUCGACAAACAAUUGAAAUAUGUUUGCGAGCGAUUCAUCGAUGAGACGAGUACCUACCUCAUCGGAGCGGAGCUGAAAAAUUUCUUGGAUCGGUGUCUGGUUAUUGUUUCGCAGAAGGACUCUAAUAUCGUCCUGAGUAAGCAGCCAUUCGCGGAACCAAGUGCCGCUUCGAAGGUUCUCUCGGCCGCAUAUCGAGAACUCAAAGAGAGGUUGCUGAAGGUUCAGAAAGCGAUGAGUUUGUAUCUUGCGAAUAGAGACACUGAAGCCAUCCUUUUCAAACCAAUCAAGACGAAGACCGCAGCCUUCUACCAGAAGCUGAAUAACGUUUUUGAGGAAAACUUCACCGAAGACGAUUUGAAGAUAAUUGCUUGUCCAAGCGUCGAGCAAAUUAAUAUACUAUGGAAUCCGCUGUGAGCUCACACAGCCGUGGCUCUGAACUGCCGCCUCCCCGCCCACGUUUCAUUCCGAUAUGUUGUUGAUUAUGCGUCGGAUGUAUCGAAU